GCUCUGCACAUCAGCAGCCGCAGCAGCAGCAGCAGCAGCAAGGCUCCACUGUCUCAAGCAGACAGGCAGAGACAGCACGUCCGCCCGCAGAGACCGCAUUAGUAUCCCCGCCGAAUCUCCCAGCAGCCACAUUUCGGUCUUCUCCAAAUGGAUGUAUAAACUGCCGACACCUUUUUUUGUGACAAAGGGGCUGUUUUUCGUAGCUGCUUUAAACGUAUCAAACAGCCCGAGUUGCCCCCCCCCCCCCCUCUUUUUUUUAGGUAACUGUUUUAUCUCGACAGCACAGAGGGAGCCGCUCUUCCCCCAUCGUUAGCUCGUUAAGCUAGCCACUCUGCUAACUUAGCUGUGGUACUUUGAACCGUCAGUUUUCGGCUUCGCAGCUAGCCUGCGGUAUUUGACGCCCCGGUGACCAUUUGAGGCGACUCCGUCACUUUCAGAAGCAUGUGUAAGUGACGAGCACAAGAAGUGGGAUCUCUGAGGCCCCGCCCCCCUGCUGGUGGAGGAUCCUACACAUCUAUCCAGAGACCCCGUCAUUCACCUCAAAAGGAUGCGAAGGUUUGCCUACUGCAAGGUGGUUUUAGCCACUUCCCUGGUCUGGGUGAUGCUGGACAUGUUCAUUCUGCUCUACUUCAGCGAGUGCAACAAGUGUGACGACAAGAAGGAAAGAGGACUGCCUGGGAGAGCCGACUCCCUGUCCAGACCGCGAGACGGACCUGGUGAAGGUGGGAAGCCAGUGGUCAUCCCUAAAGAGAACCAGGAGAAGAUGAAGGAAAUGUUUAAAAUCAACCAGUUCAACCUAAUGGCUUCUGAAAUGAUUGCUCUGAAUCGUUCGCUGCCUGACGUCCGUUUGGAGGGGUGCAAGAACAAGCUAUACCCUGAUGAUCUUCCCCGCACCAGUGUGGUGAUUGUCUUUCAUAACGAGGCUUGGAGCACACUGCUGCGAACCGUCCACUCCGUUAUUGACCGUUCACCACGCUCGCUGCUGGAAGAGAUUGUCCUUGUUGACGAUGCCAGUGAGAGAGACUUUCUGAAACGCCAGUUGGAGCAGUAUGUCAGAAGGUUAGAAGUUCCUGUCAGAGUGGUGAGGAUGGAGCAGCGGUCCGGACUCAUCCGUGCUCGCCUCAAAGGAGCAUCUAUUUCCACUGGCCAAGUCAUAACCUUUCUGGAUGCUCAUUGUGAAUGCACCCUGGGGUGGCUGGAGCCUCUGCUAACUCGCAUCAAACAAGACAAGAGAACAGUGGUGUGUCCCAUCAUUGAUGUAAUCAGCGACGAUACGUUUGAGUAUAUGGCGGGAUCCGACAUGACAUAUGGAGGCUUCAACUGGAAGCUCAACUUCCGCUGGUAUCCUGUGCCUCAGAGAGAGAUGGACCGCCGUAAAGGAGACCGCACAAUUCCUGUCAGGACUCCCACCAUGGCAGGAGGCUUGUUCUCUAUAGACAGAGAUUAUUUCCAGGAGAUCGGCACUUAUGACGCAGGCAUGGACAUCUGGGGUGGAGAGAACCUGGAAAUCUCUUUCAGAAUCUGGCAGUGUGGGGGGACCCUGGAGAUUGUCACCUGCUCUCACGUGGGUCACGUGUUCAGAAAGGCAACACCCUACACGUUUCCUGGAGGAACGGGACAGAUCAUCAACAAAAACAACCGGCGCUUGGCAGAAGUAUGGAUGGAUGAGUUUAAAAACUUCUUCUACAUCAUCUCUCCCGGUGUGACCAAGGUGGACUACGGUGACAUUUCCACUCGCACGUCUCUGAGACAAAAACUCCAGUGUAAACCCUUCAGCUGGUACUUGGAGAACAUCUAUCCGGAUUCCCAGAUCCCGAGGCACUACUAUUCCCUAGGAGAGAUCCGUAACGUGGAGACAAACCAGUGUCUGGACAACAUGGCCCGCAAGGAAAAUGAGAAGGUUGGCAUUUUCAACUGCCACGGCAUGGGAGGCAACCAGGUCUUCUCCUACACGGCUAACAAGGAAAUCAGGACAGACGACUUGUGUUUAGAUGUGUCCAAGCUGAAUGGACCUGUCAUGAUGCUCAAGUGCCAUCACCUUAAAGGCAACCAGCUCUGGGAGUACGAUCCUGUGAAGCUGACUCUGGUCCACGUCAACAGUAACCAGUGUCUGGACAAAGCCAGCGAGGAGGACAGCCAGGUGCCCAGCGUCAGAGACUGCACACACGUGCGCUCCCAACAGUGGCUGCUCCGCAACGUCACGCUACCAGAGGUCUUCUGACCGCACUGCGCACACUGUUGAGGCCACACACUGCGGCCCGGACAAAAACCACCAGGGGAACGGCCGUGUUUAUUGAGUUGUGGCCCCAGGAAAAAAAAAAAGAGACUUCUCACGAAGAGAUCCAGGAGCAGAGGAGGAUGGAUUGGAUGGUACUACCUCUGCUAGAAAUCAGGGGGAGGUGUGUGUUCAAGCCUCCUCAGAGUGAACAGAGAGGAAAGACUCACUCUAAAUAAGUCAUGGCUGUUUUACAUUUCUUACUUUUUUUUUUUACUUUUUUUUUUUUUUAAAUGAGAUAUCAACCGCAGAGAGCAAGCAGCUCCUGUGUGUAAGAACAAGACUGAACGCUGGAGUCCAGGAUCUGCUCUCCCAACUUCCCUGAAAGAAGCAGUCCAGCCCUCAGCUCAUUACCUAACGUUUACUGACUGCCUCCUAUCAGUGUGUGCACUUAACUGUGUGUGUGUUUUAGGACCCUGUGCUCUGAGAUGAAUGUAUGCCUUGAAGGGGGGACUGAAUCCCUUGUUGACUUCCUUUUUUUUUUUUUUCCUUUAAUUUAAUUUUGUAAUGCGCUAUGAUAAAGUGCGCGUGCACACGUGUGUCAGAAUCCCUCCUACCGUCUCCGCAGCGGUGUCUGUCUCCCUCUGGUGUUACUCUGCGGCAUCUCAUCGUAUGGAUUGAGACCUCCACACUGUGGAUUUUCAAAGGGGGAGAGCCCAUUCAAAAAAGAGACAAACUAAAGACCCGAUGUCUGCCAUCAGCAGAUAUCCAGAGAUAUAGAAACACGAUGUUUGUGCUAUCUUGAGAUUUCUAUGUCCAGUUUUUUUACAUGGCUUGUCUGUUUCUACUGUAAUCUUAGAUCAUCUGUCUCUCUGUCGUCUUUAAAGAUGUUGAAAAACACACCCAGAGGUCACGGUCGCUGGAUUCACAUUUGGAAAAGAGCUAACAUGGUUCAUAUUUUAGUUUUGUUUUCAGCACAUUAUCUUCUCUGUGACCUCUUUCAAGGAAAGGGCUUACUUUCCUCCAGUGGAGUGUGAGUGCAUGUGUUCAGGUGUGAAUGUGUGUUUCUUUUUUUUUAACUAAUCAUCCUCCUUGUUCAUCAGAUUCUAGAGCUUGUAGACUAAACUGGCAGAAAAUCCACGUAUCUCUGCUUCCGCUGCUGAACAAAAACAGUUGUUAUCUCCUGGUAGAAAGCAGCUUCCAUCUUUGGAUGUCAAAGUAACUUGGAUGUUUUGGGUGAAUAAUCAGAAACAAAACAAUACAUGUUGAGACUGAGGAGGUUGAAGCAGUCCACUGUGGAUUAGACAGGACAGAUUACAUAUCUUAAUAGCUGCAUAUCUCUUUUUUUUCCAAGCUGGCCUGCAGUCAUUUGAGUGUCAGUAUCUCAGUAAAGACAACAGACUUCUCAUUUCCAAUGUGUGUGAGUGUGUUUGAGUGUGUAUGUCCUCAUUGUCAGAGCACAAGAAGUGCAGUCAUUAGGGUCUGAAACAUUUCAGCCUCCUCCAGUGGAGGAAGGCUUUUCACGAGGAUGUGGGCCCGUCUUCGCGGUGCACAAGGCAGCGAUGGAGAACAGGUCCGUCUCGUCCGAGCGGACAAGUUUUUGACUCGGACACAGACGGAGCGUUCUCCUGCUCUGAUGUGGAGGGUUGUUGAAAGUAUCUGGCAUGUCCUGGCUUCCACAAUGAGUGAAUCCAAAUGUAGAAAAAUAAAAGCUACAAGGUUUACAGAAGA